CAGGACUCGAGGCCGACCCCCGGGCCUCUGGUUCCCCAUCCAUACCAAUGCAAGCUCCGUCUCAGAAUCCCGGCCGCCGCAGGCUUCUCGAUGCCUUGACACCCGUGGACCCUCUUCGCCUCGAUAGAGACCAGGACAAUGGCCCUGCCAGUGGAGCUCCCACGACCAAGGGUGCAGGUAACCCGGAUGCAAGCGAAAGAGUCAGGGCCCCGGCAUCCAUGCCCAUGUCCUUGCGAACAUGUCUGGCCUGGAUCGCCCAAUACAUGCCACCCACACCUAUUUGACCUUCACUUUGUCCCCGUUUCCGUCCCCGUUGCCGCGAUGGCUAUGGCUUAUCUUUAGCCAUCAUACCCGAUUUUGUGACACUGGAGGCGUCGGGUUCAUAUAUCUCUGACCCUCGCCAGCCUGGACAUCCUGGAGGUUGACCUGCUUCAGCCUGCCGCCACCAUGGCUCAUAUCGCCAGUUGCAUCGCCGGUAUUGAGCCGGCCACAUUGUCAAAACCAGGCUCGCCCGCACCACAAAAUGUCCCGUCGACACCGUCAACGUCCACUUCAGACAGGCCUUUUGCCUGGAGAAUGCUUCAGCCAGACAGUCAACGGAAAUACCAACUCUUCCCCAAGAGAAAGCAACUGCCACAGCUUGAAAGUGGCCAGACGGUGGCCCCUGAAAAGGCCUUUGCCAUAGCCAUGGGGCAGACGGUAGAUGGCAGCGAGAAGCCUACUGGGGGCUCCAACCUGAGGCUUCGCAUCAACCAGCACCCACUCGUUCGCCGACGCAAGGUCAGCGUCCCGGAACUUGGCCCGAUGACCACAGUGCAAGAAACGUCGAUGGACUCGCCCACCAUCCCUGGCAGACCACCUCUCCACGAGCGCUCCGUCAGUGCUCCCGAGGAGGCAACCAAACCCAAGCGUGCCAUGACUACCACACCUUUCUCAGUAACAGAUGAAGAUGAUGAGGAUGACUUCUUUGCCAAGAUUAUUGAGGAGGCAUUUACCCCAGUCACGGGUUCGGCCAGGGCGGUGUCACCAAAACGUCUCGCGCCACUCGUCAUUCCGGCUUCCACCGCGCCCGUUCCGUUGUUGCAAUCCAGGACGCCAGCGGGGACGGUCAGGUCCGACAGCACCCCUCCCUUGAACUCGUCCCGUUCCGCUCGACUCGACGUCUCACCCCUGAGCCGUGCACGGGUAACGCCAAGCGCGUCAACACCAGAUCUCACAUUCUCUCGCUCCGCGACCACGGACGCCACCUCUGCCUCUACCUUGCCCACUCCAGUAUCUGCUCCCCUCGCGGGGACGCAUCGCGCAUCUCCUCGACCGUGGGAAGGGUCUGCGGCCGGUGAGCGCGGCACGACCCAAGCCGAAGAUGGGGCAAGAAAAGCUGUGGGGCACCGGAGAGGAGCGUCUGAGUCGUCAGGGAUUAUGGACAGGGGCAGAGCAAGGAAACGUGUCGAGGUACGCAACAACAACGGACCGCUUCUCAAGGGCAGCGAAGCCAAGCAAGGAAAGAGCUGCGAGCGGCGGGCAUUUGAAGAGUUGCCAAAGGGCUUCAAGCCGGCCGAGGCAACGAGUAGGCUCAACGCAAAUGAGGUUGCCACUCUACAAAAGCAGGCGUACGGACAAGCAGAGAGAUUUGAGGUGCUCAAGACUGACGACGUUGAAGCCCUGUCAAAGGAACUUCGUCACCUUGAUGAGCGGACAGAGUACCUCCGGCGAACAUAUACGUCUCUCCGAGCUGGUCGCCGCAACCUGCACACUCGGAUCUGUCAAUAUCUUCGCUCUCCACGUGUCGCUCGGUUCAGCCACGAAUCCAUGCUCAAGCAAGAAGAGGCUUUGGCGGAGCUUGACGCCUCCAUUGACGACUGGGUCACCAAACUCGAACAUGCCGAGAAUCGUCGCACCCGCGUCCGGCAAAAAUUGCUCGAACACGUUGCAGCUGCAACCAUACUCCCUUCGCAGGCCAGACAAGCAACAGCAAACGACUCCCCGCAACAGGGACACAUUUUGAAAUCGCCCCCACCAAGAGAUAUUUCAACGCCACCGAGAAGUCCGUCUAAGCACACAUUUGCUACCCGCAGCGGAAGCUGCUCACCAUCUCCGCAGCGAGUGGUGGCGCAGGUGCCGAGCACGAUUCACGAGCAACCGGUCGUCGAGGAGGCUGCUGAGCAGGAAAAGAGCAGCCGGGCGAUCAGCACCGUAACCAUGGGCCGGGGAACUGUCGAAAGCAUCAGGAUCUACGCUGGGGAUGACGUCUACGCGUUACUGGCCGAUGUGGAGAACGAGAUCUCCAAGAUGAGCAGCGGCGUGGGCGAGCAGACAGGCAACAACAAGUCGCACCCCGCCCGGACGGAGCACGAAAGGCAGAAGAGCCACGAGAAGCUCAGCGGAGAGUGCAGCUCACCGGCCACCACUCGAUGUCAGGACCCAGCGUCCGGUCCCACCGCCAGUGUCACGGGUAACCCCCCAAUCGACACGGCGACGCCCAUCUCUCCCCCGGCGCCCACACCGCCCAAGAAGGACGAUCGCGCCGACAAGAAGAUGAUGCUGACUAGCGCGGUCUUCAAGCCAUGAAGGAGCGCACUAAUGAGGCCCAUGAGCCUGGGCCACCCUCUUCUACCGAUUUUACAUUGCCUCAGACGGACUGACAGUACGCGCACACGAUACGUACUGCUUUGUAUACGACGGCCUCGAACACAAGAUACCCGUUCUGCGAAACGAUUUGGCAACGGCCUGCCUACUGGGAUUCCAUCCCAUGCUGCAUAUUUUCUCUUUGUCGUAUCAUGGCGAGGUUGCUAUUUUUCAGAUACUCGAUGGGUGCCGGCUGUCAUGCGAAACGGCCGACGGGGUCCACGACUCAUGCCCCUUUGCAUUGAUUUAUGCGAGUCAACUAUUGGCCAUAAUCAAAUUUACUUGCUACUAAAAUUGAUCUUCCGGCCCAGAGCUCCUAUCAACGCGAUGCUCGUUGUCAUCUGGUGUGCGCACUACUUCGUAUGUUGGCUGCUUGACGAUGAAGGGUUCCGGUUUUCUGACAGUUGGGUGGCGUACGGCUGAGAUGCGGGACUGCCAGGUUGCGGAGGGUUUCUGGAACAUGAUGGUGAGGCUCCGGGACAGGGGGGGGCUUGGGACUAGGGACAGGGGUCAACAGGCGAGGUCCUGUGGCUUGCCGCAAAGCCUGAAACAGGAACAAGAAGCCGGGCCUAGUUACUUCGUACUACGGGAUCGCGCCGGCGCUGUCAAAGUCGGAUGUCCAAGCUGUGCCUCCACUCGUCCGUCCCCAGUCAGCAACGACAGGGUGCAAGGCAACGGGCUGUCGGACCUGGCCGCUCGUGGGGUGAUGCCCUGUUUGCAGUCGUCGCAGGACCGCUAUCUGUUGCGGCGCCGCGGUGGCUGCGGUGGCAGCGGAGCCAACAUGACGGGAUGCACCAAGAAUCCCAUUCCUUUUCUCUAG